AUGGUGGUGGGAUCGGGCGCGUCGGCAGGGCGGGGAGAAGGCGACAGUCUCACCGCGGCGACGACUGCGUUGACUUUCCACGACUUUCUGGAACGGAUGAAGCAGCCCGCCGCGGCAGAUCUCGUCAGACCCAUUCGCAAUUUCAUGAUGGCGUUUAUGAGCAAGGAGCCCGAGCCGGAGCGAGACAGUGCGAGCGUGCAGGCGUUCUACCGCAGCAUCGAGGCCGCCUUCCGCGCGCACCCGCUCUGGCAGGCCGCCUCGCCCGACGAACUCGAGUGCUCGGGGGAGGCCCUAGAGAAGUAUCUAAUGACGAAGCUGUUCCCCCGUGCGUUCGCCCCCGAGGAGGAGGAGGUGGAGAGGGACCGGCGCCUGACCACGCGCAUAGCGGCGCUGCAGACGUUCCUGCAGCCGCGCCACCUCGACGUGCCCGACUCGCUGCUCAACGAUGCCUCGCUGCUGCUAGCAGAGAAGGACCUUGGGAAGCUGGGGUCGUUCAACACCUUGAGGGGCACUCAGCUACCGGAGAAGGACCUGCAGAAGCUGGGGUCGUUCAAGGCACCACGGGACAAGCUGGUGUGUGUGCUCAACUGCUGCCGCAUCAUCAACAACAUCCUCCUCAACGCCUCCAUCACCGCUGCUGCCGCUGCUGCCGCUGCUGCUGCUGCUGCCGCUGCCGCUGGGGCUGACCCUCCUCUAGCGGAGAAGGACCUACAGAAACUUGGUUCGUUCAAAGCGCCAAGAGACAAGCUGGUGUGUGUGCUCAACUGCUGCCGCGUCAUCAACAACAUCCUCCUCAACGCCUCCAUCACCGCCGCCGCCGCUGCUGCCGCUGCCACAGGCGUGGGCACGGGCGCAGGGGAGGCGGGCGGAAAGGCAGGUGGGAAGCCGCCAGGAGCAGAUGACUUCCUGCCCGUGCUCAUCUACGUGGUGGUGAAGGCGAACCCCCCGCAGCUGCUGAGCAGCAUUCUCUACAUUCAGCGGUACCGCCACAGCGACCGGCUCGUCUCUGAGGCCGCUUACUUCUUCACCAACCUUGCCUCUGCCGCCACCUUCCUCGAAUCCCUCUCUGCCGCCCAGCUCUCUCUCACCGACCAGGAGUUCCAGCGGUUGUUGGAGGCUGGGUACAAGGCGACUGGUGGGGGGGAAGUGGGGGGAGAAGGAGGGGAAGGGGGAGAGGGGGGAGAGGGGGGAGAAGGGGGAGGGAAGGGGAGUGGAGGAGAGGGAGGAGGAGGGGGUUCGGGAGGCGAGAUUGGAAGCGGGGGAAAGGAGGGAAGAGUAGCAGGAGGAGCAGAGGCAGCAGUAGCAGCACCUGACAGCACUGCUGCCGCCGCUGCCACUCCCGCCAGCGGUGCUGCUGGUACCAGCAGCAGCAGCAGCAGCAGCAGCAGCAGCAAUCCGCAGAGGGAGAGGGAGACAGAGCGGGUGGUGGCGGUAUCGGAGAUAUCAAGGGACAAGGGCGUGUUGAGGGAGCUGGUGAGAGCAGACGCCAGUGGCGAGCUCGCCCGCUCCUUCCGCUUCCUCUACGCCUCGGCUGCUGACCUCUCCAUCGCUGACGUUUCAGACCUGCUCGCAGAGUACAAGGAUCUAGCACUCAGGACCUCGCACUCAGGUACAGCCCUCCUGUCGAUCCCUUCGUUCCUCCUCCUGGCCAUCUUCCAUCCCACUUGUUGUCUCACGUGGUGUCGUCCUUUACGCCUCUGCACCGGACUUCUCGAUUGCUCAUGUCUCUCCUCCUGUCACUCCCUUCACGUUGCUCCUCCCAUCUCUCCUCCUGUCACUCCCUUCACGUUGCUCCUCCCAUCUCUCCUCCUGUCACUCCCUUCGCGUUGCUCCUCCCAUCUCUCCUCCUGUCACUCCCUUCACGUUGCUCCUCCCAUCUCUCCUCCUGUCCCCCCCUCCUGUCCCUCCCCCCCUCCCUCGUCCCUUCUCUCCUCUCGUCCCUCGUACCCUCCCUCCUCCCAUCCCUCCUCGCCUCCCUCCUCCCGUCCCGCCUCCCAUCCCUCCUCGUCUCCCUCCUCCCGUCCCGCCUCCCGUCCCUCCUCGCCUCCCUCCUCACCUGCCUACCAUACCAUCAUCCUCCCAUUUCUGUCCGCCUAUAUCCCCCUCAUCACAUCACUCGGCAUCGUCAUAGUCGCAAGAACCACCACACUGCCAUUCUCUUGUCAACCCAAUGCCGCUCAACGCUCCACUUUCCACCAUCUCUCUCCGCCCAACGCACCAUCUCAACGCCUUUCCGCACCUCCCAGCCACCUCCCACCACCUCUGCCCAACUUACCCACCUCCCUCACCUCGUCCCACCUCUCCCCACCUCUCCCCAUUUCUCUACCUCUGCCCGCCUGUCCCUCCAGGCACUAUGCGCUUAGUAGAGUGGUGCACGGAGCAGGGAUGUCCCUCCCUCUCUCCUUCCCCUCCAACCCUGCUCAUCCCACCACCACGGGUGCCGGUGCUCCUGCUGCUGCUCCUGCUAGUGCUGAAACGGCACCCAGCACCACCAGCAUCAGCACUGAUAGCAGGACCUCAGCUGCUGCUGCUGCUCCUGCACCUGCACCUGGUGCUUCCUCAGAUGAUGCUUUUGCUGGUACUGAUGGUGCUAGUGCUCCUGCUGCUGCUGCUGCUGCUGCUGCUGCUGCUAGCUCAGGCAUUGAAGAUGCAGAGCAAGGGGAAGAAGCACUAGUAGCAGGGGCAGGGGCAGGGGCAGGGGAAGAGGCGUCUCGGGGAGACGCAAUCGAGAGAGAGACAUCAGGAGGUGAAGGUGGGGCGAGUGGGGUGGCUGGUUCUGUGGAGGGUAGCGGCAGCUGA